GCUUCUUCGACCAUGCCCUGGAUUUGGCAGAGCAGGCGUACUUCGCCAUCAAGCACGUGGCAAAAGUCCGAAGGAAGCAUGCCACGGCCGACCUCGAAGAGGCGGCACCGCUGCGCACGGUUGAAAACCUGUGCACGCUGCCCGCAACGGGAGCACAACGCCCCUUCAAAAGCUCGCGCCCGCUCGCAGAGCAGCAGCGCGACCAGGAGAGCCUGGGCGCGCGCGAGCGCGAGACGGCGUUGAAGGCAUGCCUGCAUCUCGUUGACUCCGCGCGCCAACACAGCCAGCGCUGCGCCCGCAUGGAUGAUUACGGAUUGCCGAUUGGGGACCAGCGCAGGCUACUGGCCGAGCUGCUAGGGCGCAAAGCGCGAGUGGCGAGCACGGUCAGACAGCACUCCCGGCAUGUCCAUCGAUUCAUGACGUGGCUGGAAUCGCGCGGCCGCCAGGUUGCAACUGUGACUGAAAUCGACGUCAAGGUGUACUUGGACGAGCAGAAGGAGCGGGGACACUCUGUGCCCAGUGCUGUGUUUUCGGCGCUGCGCUGGUUUGACAACGCAAUCCAGAUGGGGUGGCCGCUGCAGGACGAGCUGGUAUUGACAGCCGUGGCAGAAACGCACGGAGCGGCAGCCGCCACGAGAGUGCAGGCGGGACCGUUCACGCAGCUGGUAGUGGACAAACUCCAUGAUCUCUUCUGGCGGGCACAAGGGGCAGAACGAUGGAUCACAGGUUUCUACAUCUGCCUCGCCAGCGCCGUGCUCCGCUGGGGAGACCUCCGCAGAUCGUGGAACCGCGGGCUCACGCGGGAUGCCUUGUACGGCACGUCGUACCGCACGAAGCGGCAAACAGCGCCGACCCCGUGGGCGGCGUUGCGGCACAACGCUGGCGGCCGCGACUGGGGUGGGGCAUGGCACGAGCUGACCAACGCCCUGACUCCAGAAAGCGACCCAGGCUCCUACCACAAUUGCUUGCGCACCCUGCAGGUGAUCCUCCGCAAGGCAGGAGUGCAAAACACACCGCGGGGGUACACCCUCCAUUCGCCGCGCUUCUACAUGCCAGCGGUGGUGCGGCAGAUUGGUGGCACCAGGGAGCAGGUUGCAGCGGUCGGUCACUGGGCGGACGGAGGCCAGGUCCCUUUGCAAUACGACCAGGCCAGGUGCUGCUCCGAGCUGCUGGUGAAGGCACAGGUCUUGCAGGCGCUCCGGAACGGAUUCCGGCCGGCCGGAAGCUUCGAAGUGCCUGAAUUCGGCGGGCCGCGUGACGUGCGCCCACCGCCCGGGCAGCUGACCGAGGGCACCCACGGGGACCGCAAAGCGGCCCCUGGGCUAGACGCGGAGGCCGCCAAGGCAAGCGCCGGGCACCAGGGCGACGACCAGGAAGAGACCCAGAAUGGAUAUUGA